AUGAAAGAACCAAUUAUAAUUGAAACUUCUGAAACAGAAUCUGUAGAUGAAUCAUUAGAUGAUUUACUAAAACAGUUACAAGAAAAGACGAAACCGAAAAGGAAACAAACAUUAGAAGAAACUAUAAGGAGUCUACCUAAAUUACCAGAUAAUCUUAAAAAAUCAAUAACGAUCAAAGAUCCAAUAAUACAAGCAAUUAAACCUAAAGAUGAAACUAAAGAUUGGUUUUCAAUGAAGACUCCUGAAAUGACACCUGAAUUAAAAAGAGAUUUACAAAUUAUUAAACAAAGAGCUGCUUUAGAUCCAAAAAGACAUUAUAAAAAAGAUAAAUGGCAUAUACCCAAAGAAUUUCAAAUGGGUACAAUAAUAGAAGGCUCAUCAAGCAAAAAGAAAUCUUCAAUAAUAGAUGAUAUAUUAACAAACGAUGAUACAAAGAAAUAUUUUAAAAGAAAAUAUGAAGAAAUACAAAAAGUUAAAACCAGUGGUAAAAAAGGUCAUUAUAAGAAAGUUAAACAAGCUAGAAAAAGAUUUUAA